AUGGCGCCGUUACCGCACGCAGGCCGCAUCGCCGGUACCAAUAGACGGUUUCUCGAGCGACCCACGAUAGGUGAGCAUUCACCGAUCCUGCCGCCUCUCUACACAUCAACAUUCGCCUCGAACUGCCCGUCCGACUUCGACUACGACCUCGACCUCGACCUCGACUCCGACUAUACCACUUCUCCCCAGUCCAUUCGAGCCCUCUACGCCCAGUCCUUUCACGAUCGUUCAGCCUCGUCGUAUAGCCGACCGGCGAGACGAAUGAGGAAAAAUAUGAAGGAGAUGACGGGAUUUGGGACAACGGACGAAGAAUUUGAGGCCCUGCCAAGUGCCGUGAGGAAGAAGUACUUCUCUACCCUGGAGCGCCUGAGCUACGCCCAGGAUUCCCGCUUGAGAGCUGCACACGAGCUCCCGAUCCAAAGUCACCGAAAGAGCUCUCUAGCGGACCGCCGAGGCGUGAACGUCAAUCUCAUUGAACCUGGACGGCUGGCUACUCACCGGCAGCAUAUGAAUUCGAGACGACAAUCUACUGCUAGUCUUGAGGAGUCAUGGUUUUUGAAUUUUCCAAACUCAAUCAAGAAUAAGCAUUCCUUGUCGCGGAAAAAACAAACAUCGCUUGCAAGCCGCUCGCGAGACAGUCUCACUCUCACCGACGACGACGAAGAAACAUUGAACAGAGUGACGCGGCAGGGCAGGAACUUUUCACCAAUGUCUGGCCUUUCGCUAUCUGAUACUGCCCGAGAAAGUACAGACAGUCUUCGACCAAAUACACAGGGGAAAUCCACCUCGAACAUGGCCUCACAGAUGUACGAAAGCUUCCGAUGGAUGGACGAGGAGCAGGAUUUGGAUCUGAAGCUAGCGCUGGACGACUACCAUGCCAAUUUGGAUGGAGUUGUCCUUCCUACGACCUCUAGCAUCCGACGUCCCUCAUUUCGACGACAAUUGUCAGUCUCUAAAAUACCAUUCGGCAGAAAUUCGAUAUCUACCUUGCCAGAAUCCGAGCCUUCACCCACCCAUGGCCGUCAUAGAUCUCGAACCAUGUCUCUAGGAGAACCAAAACAAGAGAUCUCGAAUUUAUCGAUAGUAGCUAUCGACCCUAGUACGACCCACUAUCAAGAUCCCGAGGCCCGACUAAAGCUUCGAGUUUACUUGGCGUCCCCAAAGAAUUUCGAUGAGGCUAUCGAGUUCGGUUUCCCUUCUAUGGACGGGCUGACCGAUAACGCGGAAAAGAUGAAUAAGCCUCCAGUGUGUAAGUCGGUGGACGCUGGAAGAGAGGAGAAAUCAUUUAGCAUCGAGCGAGAUCAAUCUUUCUACAACGAUGAUACAGUUUCGUCGUUCGAAGACGACAUAUCCAUGGCGGAUCCGGACUCGCCAUUGACUCCACGAGGCGAGCUGGGCUUCCGUCCCCAAAACCGGACACUGACGACGUCUGCAUCCAGUCGUUGUAUGACCCUCCCCGACUUUACAAAUCCCGCUUCCAGCAGGCCCGUGUUGUUGAAGCAAGCAGAACCUUUUACACACAACAACAAUGCAGGAAGUAGAGAAAUGACCUUGCGGAUGACCCUCACACGGCCUGAUCUCCGGGCGGACGAGACGGCUAUAUACGGGUGGCAGCAAUGCAAGAGCCGGAUACCUGAAGAGCCGUCGAGAUCACUCGACGAGAAGUCAUCUCUAAAAAGCUCACUUGGUGGAUAUGCGGAUGGAUGGGGAUCAGCCGAGAAGGAGACGGGGGUGGUGAAGAGGUUUUGGAAAAAAGUCAAAAGCACGCAGAGGAAGGCCACGUAA